AUGUCUUUCGAUAUGGAAUGGUCUCCAGAUUUCUGCCUCGCCUGUGACAGGCAAACAGAUGGCAGUGUUUACUGUUCAGAAGCUUGCCGUUUGGCAGAAUACGAAAAGGCUUCCUCCAGCGACAGCUCAGCACCCUCCUCACCAUCGUCACUUCAUGGAGCUGCUUGGCCCACAAAGUCGAAUGGUUUCUACAUGGAGCCAGCAUACAACUUCAGCAAUGCACAACCAUACGGUACAACCCCCUCUAGUACUGCAUCCUUCUACCAACCUUCGAGAUCAUCUCCAGCUGCGAAGUCUACCUUGACUCCUUCGAGCUCGCAAUCUAGUCUUUUCUCCAUGCAAAGCACUUCCUCGACCUCGUCAGAACCAGCACAGUUAUCGGCGGAAUCAAAACGGGCAUUGAGGGCAUAUGCUAGCUCAUUCGAUCAAUCUCGCAACAACAGACGACAAUCCGGUAGCCAUUAA